GAUUACGAAGUGGAUGCUUACUUGAGGCAAGAGUGGACGGAUGCUCGACUGAACCAUACAGAAAUCAAAGAGCCCAUGGACCUGAGUGACCCAGCACUGGUGAAGGCCAUUUGGAAACCAGAGGUUUAUUUCCCGAAUGCCAAACAGGCAGAUUUCCAGUACGUCACAGUGCCAAAUGUCCUCAUCCGCAUCAAUCCCAGUGGCCGGAUUCUUUACAUGCUCAGAGCUGAGAGAGCUUCCACCAGGCACAAGGGUCCUGCUUCUGAAUCCAGGGAACCAUUGGAAAUGACUAACCUGUCCAGGGAGUUCAGUGACAACAAUGGAUUUCUAGCCAUGGGAAUGAACUUGCAGAAUGUGCCCAGCAGAGCAUUCCAGCCACAGACCAAGUUGAGCAUGAGGGCCCAUCAAAUUGAUGAAUCUUGCAGACUCAUCUUCCCUCUUCUUUUCACAAUCUUCAAUUUUUCCUACUGGAUUUACUAUUUGUUUGUUGUCUGA